CCGAACACAGUCUUCAGGAAGGACUACAGACACCAAGGGCAUUGAGACAAGCAAGCUUUCUCAGAAGCGGAGGACACUGCCCUUGCAGAUAUCCAUGGGUGCCCACCUGUCACCAUGGCCCACAUACACCAGUGGCCAGACAAUUCUAUGUAAACGAAAGCCCUGUUCAGAAGACAGCCGGAAGAGAGCCAGUAGCUGGCAGCAGCAGCCCCUGAGCACUUCCAAGCCCAGGUACCUGGAGCAACUCGAGAACUACCUGCGCAAGGAGCUCCUCCUGCUGGACCUGGGCACGGACUCCUCACAAGAGCUGAGGCUGCAGCCGUACAGGGAGAUCUUUGAGUUCUUCAUAGAGGAUUUCAAGACAUACAAGCCGUUGUUAGCCUCCAUCAAGAAUGCAUACGAGGUGAUGCUGGCCCACCAAAGGGAGAAAAUUCGCUCGCUGGAGCCCCUGAAGGCCAAGAUUGUCACUAUGAAUGAGGACAGCAGUGAGAAGAUCCUGGCCAUGAGAGCUGAGGAGAAGUAUGAAAUCUCUGUGCUCAAGAAAGAGAAGAUGAACUUGCUAAAGCUCAUUGAUAAAAAGAAUGAAGAGAAGAUCUCACUGCAGAGUGAGGUGACUAAACUGAGGAAGAGCUUGGCUGAGGAGUACCUGCGCUACCUUACUGAGCGAGAUGCCCGCAAAAUUCUCAUCGGGGACCUGAAUGAGCUGCGGUACCAGAGAGAAGACAUGUCACUAGCCCAGUCCCCAGGUGUUUGGGGAGAGGAUCCUGUAAAGCUAACACUGGCACUAAAGAUGACUCGACAAGACCUGACACGCACUCAGAUGGAACUCAACACCAUGAAAGCCAACUUUGGAGAUGUGGUACCCAGGAGAGACUUCGAAAUGCAGGAGAAGACCAACCUAGAGCUUCAAUUCCAGCUGGAAAGCCUGAGAGCCGACUACGAAGAGGUUCGAAAGGAGCACGAGUUGUUGCUGCAGCUGCACAUGAGCACACUGAAGGAGCGGGACCAGUACUACUCGGAGCUGCAGGAAAUCCAGCGCACCUCCACACCUCGACCUGACUGGACCAAAUGCGAAAGUGUCAUAGCAGGGGGCCCAGAACGCUGGCUAAUGCUAGCUGAAGGAAAGAACAGUGACCAGCUGGUGGACGUGCUCCUGGAGGAGAUUGGCAAUGGUCUACUUCGGGAGAAAGACUUCUUCCCUGGUCUGGGCUUUGAGGAAUCUGUCCCAGCUUUCCUUCGGUUCGAUGGCCCUGUGGAGAACAAGAAGCCAAGCAAGAAGGAGCUGAUACAAAUCCUUGAGGAUGCCUGGAAGGAGCGUCUCGCAGAGGACCAGAAGGAGUUAUUCUCGGAUUUCUUCUUCAAUUUUCUGGAGCGUCGCUUUGGGGUCAAUGAUGCCGUAGCCUGGGCUUAUACCAUUUUUGAAUAUAUUAAGCUCUUUCACACCAGUGAGGUCAUAAGUCAGUUUUAUGCAGUCUUGAUGGGAAAGAAGUUGGAGAGUGUAUAUAUCAACCAAAAGGAGACGCUGGCCCAUCUACUGAAGGAGAUGAUGAAUGCUGACACUCAGAAUGAGGGGUUAAUUACCAUGGAGCAAUUGAGCACCAUCCUCAAGACUACCUUUCCUCUCAAGAAGGAAGAGCAAAUUCAGGAGCUGAUGGAGGCAGCAGGCUGGAAUACAGACAGCAGCACUACCGACACGCUCACCUACAGACAACUAUUUAAAGAGGAUGAGGAGGGCCAGAGUGAGCCAUUUGUGCAAAAGCUGUGGGAACAGUAUGACAACGAAAAGGAAACAUACUUAUUAGAACUCAAGCAGGACCUGGGCCUGGAUCUCCCUGAGGAGGUGAGCCUGCUGAAGAUGCGUGGGGCCCUGAUGAACAUCGAUCCCAACAUAGACAAGCAGACUCUGAGUGCCUACCUGGGCCAGGCCUAUCAGCUUCCCGCCGCAGACUUGCCAUUGGAGGAUGAUGAGAAGAUGGAAGCAAUUGUGAUAAAAUUCCAGACUGCACUUGAAAGGCUUCUGAUGGCAGACACCAAGCGCAUCGGGCCUCGAGAGGCAGACACCAAACGCGUCGGGCCUCGAGAGGCAGAGACAGCAAGCUAG